AUGACUGUGAUGCUGGCCAAGAGUGUGUUUGGAGGCUGGAAUAAUACUAUCUACUACAAAUUAUUAGUGGAUUCUUUCAAGGAUUCUGAUGGAGAUGGCUUGGGAGACCUGAUAGGCGCAACCAAACAGUUAAGUUAUAUUCGAGCGGUAGGAGCUGAUGCUGUUAUUUUAUCUCCAAUUAAUGCCAAGAGCCCUGACUGUGACCACCCAGGUACUGUAGGUUUCACCGAAAUUGACCAACGCUACGGAGAUGAAGACGCAUUAAAAAAAUUAAUUGAAAAAUCUCGAAAAUUAGAUCUUAAGUUGUUAGUAAGUGUAGACGUGCGCAGUAUUAGUACUUUGUCAGAAUGGUUCAACCUUAGCGCUGCAAAGACUUUAGGUUAUGAGGACUGGGUUAUAUGGCGAGACAGUCCAGAAGACCCAACGAUUGAUGGCGUAGAAUGGCUGUGGAAUAACAUCAGAAAUUCUUAUUCCGCUUCUAUUAAUAACGAAACUCAACUAAACCUCUGCUCAGACGGUGUAACGGAAGCUUUUAGGAGAGCUCAAUGUGUGUGGCUUCAUCGAGGCUUUGCGGGACUUGUACUCAGUCCUGAUUUCACCAUUAAUCAUGAAUGUGGAGUCAAAUUCGUACAAAAAAUGGCUACAAACGCCCUCAGUUGUACCAGAGCCGCUAACAAUGAGAAGCCAAUAACUUUAGCUGAUACAGCGUUCGAAAUAGAAACUGCAGCAAUGUACUACGGAGACAGAGUCAAUAUAAUCAGUAAUGCCUUAACUGGCCCGGUGAGAACAUCGCCAUCUUUGGCCGUAGCUUUACAUACUGAGCUCGUGUACUGCCCACAAGAUAUGACCCCCACGUGGCGCACUUCUAGUUCGGAUAGCCGGGUUGCCUCGCGUUAUGGCAGUGAGUUUGUUGAUGCAAUCAAUAUUAUAUCUUUAUUCUUACCUGGCGCUACCAUUAUACAACAAGGUGAUGAGCUCGGUGCCGCUGACACGCUAUUGGAAUGGGCAACUGCGAAUAAAUGUUGGCCUACACUAGCUGCGCCCUUUGCUGCUCCCUUCCCGUGGGAUGAUUCUCCAACAGCAGGGUUUACAAGUGGUGAAAGCUGGCUACCACUUGCACCAAAUUAUAGAUAUGCGAAUGCUAAAAUAGAAUUCGCAAACGAACACUUUGGAGUUGUGAGAGCUGUAGCUGCGCUUAGAAAAUCACCAGCUUUUGGUCCACAUUAUGAAAUAAAACGUAUUGAGGACGCUCUUGUUAUUCUAAGAUGGGGUGCAAUAGGAUCGCUUUUGGUCGUUUCUAAUUUGGGUCACCGAAUAUGGUCGCAUAGUUCGAGUUCUUCAACAGGUGUGAACAUCAAUAUGAAUAAAUUAUUAAAGCUUGUUCCGGGGGAGACUAUCCUCAUGGCUGGACCUCCAAGGCAAUGCGGAGGGCCGGGACCA